AUGGCGACCGCUUCUCCCGUGUCGCUGUUUGGGCAGCUGCCCAUGCCUACCAUUGACCGCCCCUUUGGCGUUCAUCUCUGGCCCAUUUUCAACAAGGCCUUCGAGAAGGUCGUUGGCUAUCCUGCCGAUGAAUUCCGUUUCGUUCCUGGCAAAACACCGCUGUCAACCUUUAAGGAGGCUGGCAUCUUCAUUGCCUUCUACUAUCUCGUCAUCUUCGGCGGCCGCGAGGUGAUGCGCAACCGCGAGCCUUUCAAGCUGCGCACUCUUUUCUUGAUCCACAACUUCUACCUCACCGCCAUCAGCGCCAUUCUGCUUGCUCUGUUCAUUGAGCAGAUUCUGCCUACUGUUGUUCGUCAUGGUCUGUUCCAUGCCAUUUGCCAUGCUGAGGGCGGUUGGACCCAGCCCCUGGUCGUCCUGUACUACCUGAACUACCUGACCAAGUACCUCGAGCUGUUGGACACGUGCUUCCUCUUCCUCAAGAAGAAGCCGCUCACCUUCCUUCACUGCUACCAUCAUGGCGCGACUGCUCUGCUUUGCUACACCCAGCUCAUCGGCUCGACUGCUGUCUCCUGGGUCGUUAUCACCCUCAAUCUGACUGUCCACGUUGUCAUGUAUUGGUACUACUUCCAGAGCGCUCGUGGUAUCAAGAUCUGGUGGAAGGAGUGGAUCACCCGCCUGCAGAUUAUCCAGUUCUUCAUUGAUCUCGGCUUUGUCUACUUCGCCUCCUGGACCUACUUCACUUCUACUUACUGGCCUUGGCUUCCCAACGUUGGCUCCUGCGCUGGUGAGGAGUUUGCCGCUUUCGCUGGUAUCGGCAUUCUGACCUCAUACCUUUUCCUCUUCAUCUCCUUCUACUUUGCCACAUACAAGAAGGACGGCAAGCGCCCUAGUAGCCGCAAGGCCGUCCGCCGCAUGAGCCAGGCCCCUCUGCCGGAUCCCCUCCACGGCCAGGCUGCUAAUGGCAACGCUGCUCUGGCUACCAACAACGGUGAGGCCAAGUCCACAGCCAUCAAGACCAACGGCACUGCUACCCGCUCCCGCAGGGCUUAA